GCAGAGUCGGCCGCACAGUCUUCGUACAUCAACAUACUUUCGAUUGUCAAUAUUUCCAUAUAAUUUUAUCCGCCCUUUCAAUCUCUGCGGACAACACAGUUACUAAAUUCUGUAGCCUGGAUCUACCAGAUGAAAGUACUCUAGUGAUCGCCACCAGCAGCGUCAUGUUCGCAGACUAUCAAAACCAGCAGGCAAUAGCUAUCCCACCAAAUUCAACCUACCCCUCAGCGUCAUCGAUUUCCCCUACUGUCCCACCUAGCAACCCCGAUGAUGUUCGGAGGCCAUCAACAUCGGCUCCUACUGCAGUUCCUACUGGACUGAAUGCGCGAUCAUGUGUUACAUGCCGCAGACGAAAGGUUAAAUGCGACAAAAAGGUGCCUUGCUCGAAUUGUACCAAGGCGCAAUCACCAUGCGUAUUUCCAGCACCGGGCAGAGCACCUAGGCGUCCCAGGGCCGGGGGGAAGCCUAUUAGUGAUCGAGAAGCGGAACUUCUAAAAAGACUAAGAAGAUUGGAAGGGGUAGUGGAAGAACUCAGCGGACAAGUGGAGGCGGAAAAUCUGAAGGCUUCCCCAUCAAGCGGUCAUUCCUCCCCGCACAACAAUGUUGAAUCGAGUAGCGAGUCUCCUGGCGGAGUUACGAAAUCUAUAACAAAUGGGAUGAAUGGAAGGGACGAAGAAAAGGGCACAAAAGGACAAACGGCCACGAGAUUUUGCAAAAUGGGACUUGCAGCUUCGAAAUCUGCGUUUACGAUGGAAGAAGGAAUAGGACGCCUGGUAUUGGGUUCCGGAAAGAGUCAAUAUGUAUCAAAUCCGUUCUGGGCAGAAUUGUCGCAAGAGAUAGCAGAGCUUCGGGCCAUGUUCGAUGAGGAUGAAGAGGAUACUGAUGGAGAUUCUCCGAUUCCACCUCCAUCUUCCGCCACUCAACCAGAUCAUCAGGGUUUUGUGAUGGGUUAUAGCUCUGCCGACGUCAAUAUGAAGGCUUUACAUCCUUUACCUUCCCAAAUACCUUUUUAUUGGUCAACAUUUCUGGAGAAUGUGAUGCCACUGGUUAAGCUUCUCCAUGUGCCUACGACAGCGAAGAUUAUCAAAGAGGUUCAACAUAAUCUAGACACUAUAAGCAAGAGCACAGAAGCCUUGAUGUUUUCUAUAUAUUUCGCAACUAUCACUUCUAUGUCAGAUGAAGAGGUUGCUACCAACUUUGGAGUUGAAAAAGAUGCCUUACUAAGAAAGUACCGAUUUGGUACCGAGCAGGCUCUUGCCAGGGCAGGCUUCCUCAACACAAACGAAAUUAUGACUGUUCAAGCAUUCGUCCUGUUCUUGACUUGCGUUCGUAGACAUGACGAUACUCGAUUUGUAUGGUCUCUAACUGGACUUGUUAUGAGAAUUGGCCACUCGCUUGGAUUGCAUCGUGACGGCGAGAAGUUUGGGCUAUCCCCCUACAAUACGGAAAUGAGGAGACGGCUUUGGUGGCAAAUCUGUGUUCUGGACGUGAGGGCGUCUGAGGACCAUGGAUCUGACCCUUCCAUAUUUGAUCAUACAUUUGAUACCAAAUUCCCACUUUCGAUAAACGAUGAAGAUCUAGAUCCAGACGCAAAGGAACCACCACAACCCCGAGAAGGAGUUUCAGAUAUGACAUUUGUUCUUGUAAGGUUCGAGAUAUGUGCUCUAUCAAAGCGCCUCCAAUACAAUGCACCAGGUCGUGGUCCUUUUUCCUCGGGGAAUCCAACAAAACUUACGCUUGAAGAGAAGGAAGAAUUGAUCAAAGAGACUGAGAGUCGACUGGAAGAAAAUUAUCUCAAAUACUGUGAGAAUGCAGGCCCUCUCUGUUGGGUAGCGGGGACAGUGGCACGUCUCAUAUUCGCAAAGAUGUCGUUGAUAAUUUACCACCCAUUAAUCCAACCGGGUAGGCCUCAAUGUUUAUCUCCACAUACCAAGAACCGUCUUCUCAAGUCAUCUAUCGAAAUCAUCGAGUAUUCAAGAAUGUUGGAGACGGAGGCAUCCACAAAAAAAUGGGGCUGGCUAUUUCGCACUUAUGUGCAAUGGCACGCCAUUGCUUUUAUUCUUGGCGAACUCUCUGUCCGCAAGAAUUCUCCACUCGUGGAGCGAGCUUGGCUAGCUAUUGACACCGCAUUUGAUGAUUGGAGUGAUGCCGUGGGCAGCAGCAAACGCGGUAUGUUUUGGCAACCCAUGCGAAAACUCAUGGCAAGAGCUCGGAGAAAGAGAGAAGAAAAUAUGCACUCGAUGGAAGAAGAAGGAGACGAGGAAGAACAUUGGGAAGGAGCCCCUCCCGAUUGUCCUACCGCCAUACGCAGAGCUCAAAGGUUAAUGGACGAUGCUACCAAUCCAUCGACAUUGGAAGCAGAACAAACCUCAAUCUACAGGGAGCAGCAACAGAACCUCAAUAAUGAUUUUGGCAUGGAAGUCCCUUCGCAGGUAGUGGGGAUGGGUAUGCUAGCGCCCGAGCAGAUACAACAUCAACUCCAAAUGCAGCAACAACAACAACAAUUACAAGGUCAGAAUCAAAUACCUUGGUUGAUGGAUGACAAUGCCUUAUUAGAUCUUGAUAUGAAUGCCCUCGAUGGUGAUCCUGGUUGGGCUGGCUGGGAUGAUUUGGCUAGGGAUUUCCAAAAUCAAACAGGCCAACAAGGACCGGAUGCAAAUACCUUGGGGGGCGUUGGGAAUUGGUGGUAACCCCUUUUUGCUUGCAUUGUUCGUCACAGGUUAUGAUUUUCUGGUUGAGUUUUGAAUAAUGAAUGGUUACAUGAGAGCGAUGAUUUACAUGUAGUUUGGGCUCAGAGGCAAUGGCGUUUUGUGCAUCUGCAUGCAUUGGGUAAUCGAUUCAUAUUCACAUAUAUAUAGGACUGGAUCGAUUGGGUAACAUAGGUUUUGGAUAUACGGUACUGAUGGGGAGUCAUUUCAUGGUCUUUGAAGAAGUUAAAUUUCAAACUCAUAAGUAUGGGCAAUCUACCAAAAUUCGUCUUCAUGUAAUCUUACAUCCACAUAUCAGGAUGAUAUCUUUAGAUAACUAUUUUUAGAGGAUCGAUUUUUUGUGAUAUAGGUUGGAGACGAGGGAAUAGUAUUUACUGCAUUGGAUAAAUCUCCUCUCCAUGAGAAUAGUUUUCAGUGAAUUUGAAUCAAAAUCAUGAAAACUCAGUCUUGCUUCUAAAUGUUUAUAAUAGAUGAAUCUUGGUCAAUAUCUCCUCGUAGGUA